AUGUCUUUUCUCUCGAUUACAGCCGCCGCAAGGCGUAAAGCAACGCUCAUUGCAUCCAUCUCCAGUUUACUCCUGUCGUGUGUUCAUGGCCAAUUCAUCCCAGAGAUUGAUGCAACAUAUUCCUCUACCCCCAAGCCAUUCACUCUCAAAGUGAAUCCUUCCUUCAUCGAGACGACACGACUCAAGGUGCAGCUAGGCAGAAUAGCCAAUGACAUGGGAGUCCCCCCCUUUACUGACGGCAUCUCGACUGAGAUGGCACAAACUCUUCAAAACUACUGGGUUGAUGAGCUCAACUGGACAUCUGUACAGGAGCAAAUUAACAAAAAUUUCACAAUGUUUACCACAACGGUCGAAAUCGAUGAUAAGAACUACACAGAACCAAUCCCGCUUCACUUUGUGCAUCACCGCUCACCUCGCCACGAUGCAAUUCCCCUUCUCUUCCUCCACGGUUUCCCGGGCUCCUUUUUGGAAGUAGGCCGAAUCAUCUCGUCCUUGACUCAUCCGCCCAACUCGUCUGUGCCGGCUUUCCACGUCGUAGCCCCGUCUCUGCCCGGCUUUGGAUUCACUCCUGCCCCCGUGCAUGCCGGGUUGGGCCCGAUCGAAGCGGCGCAUGCCUAUAACGCCUUGAUGCACCAAUUAUCGUACCCACGAUAUGUGAUGCAGGCCGGGGAUCUCGGAGCCUUUGUCACUACCUACCAGGCUGCUCUCCACCCCGAGAGCGUCAUCUCCGUGCUCUCCAAUCUUUGGGCCCCUGCUGUCAACGCCACGGAUCUUGCUCGUUUUGAAGCAAAUGAGACGACACCGGGAGAGACGGCGUAUAUCCGCAACAUAACAGCCUACCAGACGGGGGGCGCGGGAUACUUGUUUCUACAGUCCACGCAGCCCUUGAUGGCAGGCCAUGCCUUGACCGACUCUCCUCUAGGAUUUGCGCUUUACAUUUUCCAGCUGAUGCAAGAGCUCGGGACCUUUUACCACUGGUCACUCAGCGAGAUCAUCACCUGGGCUAUGAUGUACAUCAUCCAGGGUCCUUACCCAGCUACACGCUUCUAUAAGGAGUUCCGAAAUGCCGACCAGAUUGUUGGCGCUGACAUGUUUGGGCCGGCGUUGUUUGUCAACGUUCCAGUCGGUGUUACACAGCGCCCACAGGACGCCGGAUGGGGUGUUCCACUGGAUUGGGCGCGCAGGAUAGGCAACGUGACUGCGAUAUAUGUGCAUGACUUUGGGGGCCAUUUCGCAGCGUACCAGACGCCUGAUACGCUGCUGGAUGACUGUUGGCGGUUCUGGGGGAAUAAAAGCGCCUCUGGGGUUGGAAAACACUAA